AUGGUAUGGUCUCCAGUCUCGGACGCAGUCAAGUGGAGAAGAGUUAUAUCAAAGUUUACUGAUCCAGCAAUUUCGAAGAAUUUUUCUAUUUCUUUGGGCGAUUGGGUUUAUGUUGACCAGAUCAGUGAUGGUUUAAACUGUACACCAUCUUCCCAGUGGUACUAUGGUUUUAAGUGUGGAUCCUCUACGAUUUGUGGAGUAUUCCCUGUUUCCUGUACAGAAAGACCUUCAGAUGAAGAGUAUCCUGAAAUAUAUGCUGAGAUUAUGUCCUUUUUACCCAUGGCCCAGCAAAUGUUCACGAGACCGCGAGGAGAUCUUUUUAAUAUUUGUAUCGAACUGGGCAGGUGCUCAGUAAAUACGCUGACGCUAUUUCUUGCCUCUCAAUCCAUGCGUUUGCCGGAUUCAUCGACUGGCAGUGGGUCUGAUCAAGAUACCCACCUUAUAAAUCUCCACAACCAUCUUAUGGAAUUUCUAAAAGGAAAUGAUGAUGGCGCUGCCUUAAGUUCAAUCUCACCGUCGGCGCUUCAGUUUGGUGAUUUUUGUCGGAUCUCUGAAAAUGCUAUACUUGAAGGCAACCGUCGUGAACCAAAGAGAUCAGUCAUCUUUUCGGAGUUGAAACCCUUUAGCCCAUCCGAUACGCGAAUUCUGCUGGUUUUCAUGGUAGAUAGAGUUGGCUCCGCCACUUCUAGAAGGGGGAAAAGCACGCAAACUGAUGUUCAUCUAGCAGUCGGCGAAAAUGAAAGGUUUCGGCGACCGUUGGCAAUUGGUUGCAUGGAUAUAACGAAGGAUAUUUUGUCUAUACUGCUUCCUUUUCACACUCCGCGUUCCCUUGAGCGACAACCUAGAAGUUCCUCUGAACUGUGCCAUUCUGAUGUAUUGAAUAAGCUUGCUAGUGAGACUCGGAGCUCUGUUUGGGACAUGCUACCUUCUGCUAGCAUUUCAAAACCAGCUGAGGGCGCUCCUGUUGGAUCCGUACUACCUCCUUCCUAUCCAGUUUCUCAAACGAGUGCCACGGGCGGUGAUGCAUCGGAAGAUUUGGAUGUUGAAAUAAAAAGUGUGAAAACUUUAAAUCUUCAAUCAUACCAUCUUGUACGCCGGGAGUAUCCGGGUGCCAUCAUUGCGCGUCCCUAUGGGAUUUCUGAAGGCAACUUCAGCACUUCAGAAACUAUCCGAAACGAUUUUUUUGUCACAAUCAAAUCGGCUUCAUUUGACAAGACAACGACGCGCAAAGAAUAUAAUGUUGAAGUUGAGGCUAGUCUCCGAGAUUCUCAUGGUCGAGCUCUUCCGUGGAUAGAAAGUGCCGGAGAUACUCAAUACGUUUCAAGUAUAUCAGCGUCCCGGAGCCAGCCACGGUGGAACGAACUUUUUCGCGUCGCCAUCCCUUGGUUCAUGAGUCCCUCCAAUAUGCCAUGCUCUGACGAUCAUUUUUCACAGUUGGAAAAUUUACUUAAUGGUUCUACAGUAGCCGAAGAUCACAUUGAGCCUGUCACAUCGUCCUCCUCAUCUACAAGAUCCUCUGGAGACUCUGCAACCUUUUCACGAAGUGCUCCCACAUCAGCUCACCUGCGCUUUGUCAUUCGACAUCGCUCGACAGCAUCAGGAGGUCAUUUGAGUCUGAUAAUCCUUCGUGUUCUCCUCUAUCAGGAGGCUUCACGAAAAGCGGUCGUUUUCGCUGGCUUAGGUCCCCUAGUCCAUCCUUCGGACGAGAUCCCAAGCCCCUUUAUGAUUCUGGCUAUCUAUCCCAUGGUGGCCGUUGAACGUUCUAGUGGUCUAAUUGUCGCCUUCACCGGCAAACGAUUGGAGCCGUUCAUCUAUAAUAAGUGUGGAAGGAAAUUCACCUCCAUCAGGAGAAAUACUCUAUCGGUGAUAGGUGGAAGCCUCAACAGAUCUGGUCAGCUUCGAUGGCUCCGUUCACCGAGCCCUCACUCCUUUCUUCGUCAAGACGACAAAAAAAACCUGGACUUCGAGCCACGGGAUAAGGUGCUUGGUGUGGCUUUUCUGCCCUUGGGGUCACCAGAUGAGCACACCUUUACAAAAGAUGGAGACUACUCGCUCUUUAUACACAAGAUGGAUGAGCAAGACAUUUCUGAAUGCAAGUACCUGAGCAAGGAGGCCAUAGCCUUCGUGGGGCCUGGCAGUAUCAACAGUUCGGGGAGUAGUGGGGGUACCAAGAGUUCUGGGUUGGGGAGAAGCGAGAACGGUCUUCCUCACGGCUCAAUGGCUGCCUCUCUCUUAAACUCAGUGGCAAACAGUCUUUCUGGGCGGACAAAUAGACAGCCGGAUACCCUGAAUGUCAAUACUUUGCUAUCAAGUAAUCAGUACACCACUGAUGAGCAUUUGGCAAAAAUUCUUUCAUGGCGAGAGAACAUGGACGACGUUGUUUUGUGUUUGAAACUUCUAAUAUCUCAUGCGGAAAAGGAGAAUGAAUUAAAAAAGGCAAGUGGAUUUGCAUCAAUUCCUCUUUUUCGCAUUCAACUGAUUGACUGUCUGCUACAAAUUCUUUCCAUAAGCGAUGCGGCCGAAUCCAGCAUUCAUGUGCAAGAGCUGCAUCGUUUCACCGUUGCCUUGUUGGCGCGUCUCUACAGGGAGAUGAAUAACAACACUGCCGCGUCGGAAUUGUUGGAGAGGUACUUACAAAGCUCUAUAUUCAUCUACUCAGGCGUUCACCUCAAUUACCUUCAAGUAUUUAUCGAUCUUCUCACGCGGUGUGUGCCUUCACGGGUCAAUUCAACGACACCUGUCACGGAGGGCGGCCUCAUCGAUGUCAGCAAAAUUUGCACAGUCUUUGCUUGGGCCUUUAAAUUCAUAUCAAAGUCACGGGAAUUAGAGGUUAAGAGAUUGAAAACGGAGAAUCCCGGCAUGCUCGAAGAAGCUGAAAAGCGAUUCACCGCUGCUGUCGAUAACUUCUUUGACGUUAUUCUCGACGUAGCAGUAGUGGGCAGUGACCAGCUUUUAAAGAGUCACAUUUUCAAGCAUAUCUCGGAGACUAUAGAUCCCUUGGCCCUCGUCUACUCCCAACGGAGUCUGACGAACUACCUGGAGCGCCUAGUGCAGUGCACCAUCCAAUGCCCCAAUUUGCCAAAUCACAACAUACUCAGCGGCUGUCUUCGCUCUGUUCUCAUGGAGGAUACGGAGUGUCGGAAAAUUCUUGUGCCACCUAUCAUCACCAAUCUCAAAAAAUUAUUUAGUACAAAUCUUGAUAUAACUUUGGAGCCAUGUAGAUCAGAGACAAACUCCAUGAUGACAUACUUCUGCAAUAUCCUCACACUCUUCAUGGAGCGUUUUGUGGAGACGGUGAUUGUCUCCUCACAUGAUGAAUUGGCCGACUCUGCCUCUGGCGCUCCCGAGUUCCACUGCCAAUUUGUUCAGCAAGGCCUUUUGAGAUGGGUUAUGCGAGAAUACGGUCGCAUUCUGAUAUCUCUUCAAAGAACAGCCUCUUCUGCACCGAAUUCGAGGCCAGCAUCAUCGGAGCUAUCUUCCACCGUUGGACAGACUCUGCUUGCUGCUCAAUCCCCUGUCAAGUCUCGUUUCCUCUACCUCCAACCGGUUUUGGGAUGUCUUGCAAGUGCCUUUACGAGUAUUUUGCAACAGCUGCGGCCCUCUGACUGGGAGGCGCUUCUUACACCAAAGCACCAACCACGCCUCAAUUGUAUCUGCGCCACAUGUGUAGGACUGGAGCUUACAGAAACAAGUGAUUUUCUGCACGAACUCUUCUUCAUAUUCCUUCUGUCUCACUCAUGGCCUGCUUAUCCUGGGCUUCAUGGAACCAACAGGCCCUUUAAGUAUCACAAUUUGCCAACACAUUUGGUCAGCCCGCUAGCAUCGGAAUCCAUGCGAGAACAGCCCUGGGUGGAAAUGCUAGCUCUUCAAUCAACAGUGGAAUUGGAGACCAUAAAGGUUAUUUUCGACGUCUGCAUACAACCCUAUUUCAUGUGCAAUAGCUCCUCCUCCUCCGGGAAACUGGAUGCCGGUCAACCGAAGUCCCGGCUUCUCAUAAAUUCGUUGCAGCGAUGUCUUGGAAGUUUCAUCACUACGCAGCCGCACUUGUGGCUAGAAGAACUACCCACCAUUACUGUUGUUGCGACUGCACCUCGUCUCCCUAACGGUUGUUUGGGCGACCUUAGAGUCUCUGCGGUCUCUUUGUUAGAAAGACUUUGGCACGCAAUCGAGCUGCGUAAAAUAUGUGUCAAAAUGCUUGUUGAUAUGCUGCGUGUAAACCCGUUGGCUGCUGAGCCCUUUCUCAUUCGGGAUAUCGACAGGGUGAUGAAUUGGGCCUUACCCGAGUUCUCAACUGACAUACUGAACCUUCUUGAGGCGGAAGUCCCUGAUGGCGCAAUAGAAAGUCUGGGUCGCCGAGUUUCGAUCGGAUUACGCAGAGGAGCGCCUGUCAAGUUCUCACCUUCGAACCUCUCAGUUACGGCAGAGAAAUCGAGGACUCGUAUCCUGAGUGAUAUGAUCCGCCAAAUAAACUAUCUUCGAGAAUACAGUGAUGUCAUCACUAGGCGAUCAAAGCUUAGUGGAAUGCUUGCAAUAAAUAAUUUGAGGACGUAUUAUGACUCUAUCAAAAGAAAGGAUAUGACGAUUCGAUAUCUUUUCAAACUGGAAGAGCUGCAUGAACAGUCCGAAAAUGAUAUAGAGAGAGGCUAUACGCUUGAGCGAAUUAGUGGGCAGUAUAGCUGGUCGUCAAACUCAGUGGACAUCAGUGAGGUGUCCGGUCGAUACGCUGAUCUGGGCAACAUCUCCUCCUCCGCCCUGAAGGAGGCUCUUCUCUUGGAUGCGCUUAAGUACCUAAAGGCCGGUGGAGACUGGAAACGCGCUAUCGAAGUUUGUGACCAGCUGACUGUUUUUUACCGAGAUGUAACUGCUGACCUUGCCAGUCUGAGUGCUAUUCUCAGUGAACAGAGUCAACUUUACACCAACUUUAUCAGUGGAGGGGCCGGAAAUCAGUGUUGUUACAAAUACUACGCUUUACACUUCUCCACCCGACAAGAUUCCCCAGGUUUUAUUGGAACAACCGUCGUUUAUCGCACGCUCAGUCAGUUAAAUGAAGUGAAGAUGACUCUUUGUGAACAGUUCCCCGAGUACCACGUGGAAACGUACAAUCCACAGCCGCUGACUGCGGUAGCAACCCAGAUCACGGACGAAGUCCCCACUAUACGCUUGGUUGGGAAUCUCCAGCCUGUUCCCGAGCUGCCCAGUAAUUGGGCCUCGGGUGAAGCGGCUGCGAACCUUUCUCCGCACAUUAAGGCUUAUUACGAUUGGAAUCAAGUUCGUCAGUUUACUCGGAUAUAUCAUUUCAAACCCUCUAAAAGUGCAAAUGGAAAGGAAAUGCCAGUUGCAGAAGAAGUACGCUACACUCUCAGCGAAAAGCUGCCAAACAUCGUUUCCUUUAUGCCAGUUGAAGACAUUACCACCCGAACUCUGAGCAAAGCGGAGUUGGUAGUAAAUAUGGUGCAGGACAUGACCCGGUCGCUAAGUUCUAUGAUUGAAGAAAUUACGUCCAGCUCGAAUCCACAUACACUCCUGUCAAAUUUCAUUGGCAAGCUAAGUCCAUCCAUUCAUUCCCCGACUAGCGUAAAUCUUGUGGACGAUUCAUCAGAUGAGCGGCAGACAGAGCAGCUUUCAGAUGCCGUCCUUCAACUUCUCGAAGUUCAGGCCGAAGGUCUCGUCCUCUGUCGUAAGUUGGAGGCCUCCUCCGAAGCUGGCGGGUCCAUAUCAAACCUACUUCCCACCAUGUUAGAGCAGUUUUAUUCUCUCAUACACGAAAUGAGCAUGAAGUUUGGAAUCAGCGUCUCCAAAUUACAGGAGCAAGUGCAGUUUGGCAGUUCAGAACCCACUGUUUCGACGAGCAGCGCUGCACAAACAAACCCCUACCUAGCUGACAGGGUCUAUCGAAGGGCCCUAGACAUUCCCAGCUCGUCUCAGUCGAUUCGAACCCGUACAAGUUUUCAGCAGGACCUGAACUUCCUGAAUGACGACUGUUUGGACUCCCCUUUGAGUCCUCCAUCGGAGGAGCCGAGGAAGAGUUCUGCUGUCUCCUUGGUGCCCCAGACACCACCACCACUACCGGAGCGGCCCUCCGACCUUCCCCAACUCAACAACAUUGCGGGUGAAGAGUCCUUGCUGGCACGGAAAAUUAACCUCACCUCAUCGCGCUUCUCCCACAUCGGGACCCGACGCCCGCCUUGCUCCUUACCUUCGGAGCCUGAUCUUGCUGUUGGCGCUCCCUCUUCUCCUUCCGACGAUGUUCCGCCUCCCUUGCCCAAAAAACCCCCUAGACCGCCGCCGCGGGCUGUUAUUUCUAUCCUUACAAACUGGGAUCGAACCUUCCACCCUGAGCGGGAGCCGGUGUCAAACAUCUGA